AUGAAGCUCAAUUUGGCCGAUUUUGCUGCUGAAUUGACUGCCGGACGCGGGAGAUUACAGGAGCUUUCUCCAGGCGCGCGUGCAGCCAUUUGCACACUUGUUGCGGCCGGGCAGAGCGAACGCGCCGUUUCUCGCCUCUUUCGCGUAUCCCGCGAUACCGUCGCCCGCUGUGUUGAGCACUGGAAAACUCACCGAACGUUUGAUUCGCGACCCCGGAAGGGCCGGCCGCCGGUUCUAACUCAAAGGGAGAAACGGUAUAUCGUUUUACUUGUCAAAAAAAACCGAACCAUUGCGAAAAAAGCGCUUGUUAACGUAACUGGCAAGAUUGUCUCCUAUUCUACCAUCCGCCGCUGCCUCCGGUCACACCACAUCCGCAAAUGGAGAGCUAUGAAGAGGAUUCCUUUGACCAAAGAAGUGGCAAAGGAUAGCUGGGUGUUCCGAUUUCCGUCCGAGAAGUUCGAUAAGCGUUUCGUCAACCUCCAGAACCAUGUGAAAGCGAACAUCUCGAUCAUGCUUUGGGGAAUAGCCUGGAAAGGGGGGAGAAGUGACCUCAUCGUGAUGGAGCGCGACGAAGAUGCCCCGAGGCGAGGAUACACUGCGAGAUCUUACCAGAAGGCGCUCCAAGAAGGUCUCCUGCCUCAUUACAACGAUACCCGGCAUUUCCAACAAGAUAACGCAAAGAUUCACGUCUGUAAGGCAACGGAGGAGUGGCUCCAGAGGCGGGGGAUUUCGUGGAUCGAAUGGCCUGCACACAGUCCGGAUCUGAAUCCGAUUGAGCACGUUUGGGCAGCUCUGAAGAAAAACCUGCGAACGUUAUUCCCAGAGCUAUGGUCCCUGAAGCAGAACUGCGUAGAUAUAGCAAAGUUCAAAGAGUGCUUGAAUACGGCGUGGGAGGCUAUCCCACAGUCGUUCAUCGACAAGCUGAUCGAGGGAAUGCCACGCCGGCUAGCCGCUGUCAAAAAAGCGAGGGGGUGGAUAUAUCUAUAUCGAACAGUGCCCCGCGCCUCCAUCAACGCCAACACCACUUCCACCUCCACUCCUACCUCCACCACCGAUACCACCGCCGCCGCGAUGGCCACCUCUUUUGCAGACGACUGCCUCCCUCCUGAGAAUAUUUACGACUCUCGAAACGCCUUGUUUGAAGCAAUCAAUGCAUGGGCUAUAACGAGAGGUUACGCCUUCACGACUGGAAAGUCGACCACCGAGAAGAGCGGGAGAAUGACAGUUACAUACGCCUGCGACCGAGGCCGCCGGCCCCCCGAGGCAUCAAGCAGUCGCCAGAGAAGAACUAGUAGUCGAGUGACCAGCUGCCCCUUCUCGGUCCUAGCUAAAGAGUCGUCCGAUGACUUCUCGAACGCUGGUCUCGCACCGAAAGAGAUUCAGACCCUUGUACGACAAAGUGGCUCGCUAGCUACCCGGCAAGAUAUCUACAACCGGAUCGCGGAUGUACGUCGAGAUGCUUGUGAAGGCCAGAGCCCGAUUCAUGCGCUAGCCAACCAACUCGAGAAGGAGGGCUUUUGGAGUCGAAUCCAGUUUACACCAGAUGGCCGUGUCACAGCAGUUCUCUUCGCGCAUCCCGACUCCCUUGCUUACCUUCAAGCUUACCCUGAGCUACUACUUCUUGACUGUACAUACAAGACGAAUAAGUACGGCAUGCCUCUCCUUGAUAUGAUUGGCGUUGAUGCAGCACAACGGUCUUUCUGUAUUGCAUUUGCAUUCCUGAGCGGCGAGACAGAGGAAGACUACACUUGGGCUCUCGAGCAGUUAAAGUCACUGUACGAGCAAUGCAAUACUACUCUCCCAUCUGUAAUUCUUACGGACCGCUGUCUUGCAGCCAUGAAUGCAGCUUCAGCGCUCUUCCCUUCAGCUGCAACGCUCAUCUGCAUCUGGCAUGCGAACAAGGCAGUCCUUGCCCGAUGCCAACCAGCAUUCCCGGAGGCUGAGAAGUGGAAAGAAUUCUACGACUCUUGGCAUUCAAUCAUUAGUUCGCCAACAGAAGAGGAGUAUGCCAACCGGCUUGCACAAUUUCAACAGAAAUACGCUGUUGAACACCCCAACCAGGUCGGGUAUAUCAAGACCACGUGGCUUAUCCCAUUCAAGGAGAAGCUUGUACGCGCUUGGGUCGACCAGUCGACUCAUUUUGGCAAUACAGCUACCUCACGAGUAGAAGGGAUCCACGCCCUCCUCAAGUCAUACUUGAGGAGAUCGACAUUCAACCUCUUCGAGGCUUAG